GACACCGCCAGGCCUGCCCGUGCGUGGCAGAAAGUCGGCAGAUAAACCCAGACCAUUGUACCUUCGCAUGAACACCAUCCCUGUAUCGCCCACUGAUCACCACCGUACUACAUCACUACCGCACACACCUUCCUCAGCUCGUACGUCUGCUUAUUUCCCCCCUACGCCUCGUACACCAAGUUUCGACGCGGCAGAAUUGCGGAGAAAGCGGAUGGCAAAACUUGCCCGUCAUCUAGGCGAGAACGUGCCUCCUGAACUAGUCACAGCACAAGUGCUGCCCACUCAAUUACCUUCUAAAGAAGGCGUGCCCAAUGGGAAACGACGCAGUAUGUCCGUCACGAGCCCACGAAAUAUACCUUUCGCUCCAAGGCCUGAAGUUCUCCCGGAGACUCAGACAAAAAGCGAUUGGGUUGGCGGGUGGAAUCGAUCUGAUAUCAGAGAUGUUCAGAGGGAACUGAGAAACCUCAAGGCUGUACGAUGGUGAUGGUUUCGCGAUUUGGAUGGCCUUCUGUUACCCCAUCACACGAUUUUGUUCUACGCCCGUAUUAUGACAUCCCACUGGCUGGCUGCAGGCAGCCAGCUGGACGACAUGUAAUUCAUCAUUAUUAGUCACAUCUACAUAUGUACCAUGUUGCACCACAUUAACACUCGUAAGUAUGUAUACUACUGUCAUUUGUAAAACAUAACAAUACAUACGUGGACAUCGAUCGCAAUUAACUCGCCACCCAAGUGUUGCAUGUAUUUGGGGUGGUUCCGAGUCAAAGUAGCCCUAACUAUGCGUAACCUAUUUAUGAGCCGGGUGACUGUUUAGGUAGAGUGAUUAGGCGUCGCUAUUUAUAAGUUCGGGGUGUAGAUAUUUUUAGAAUAGUGACCCACUAUACUUCCGCCGCCG